UGUUCCUGAAGGUACUCAAUGCUGGUGUUGAUGAUCUUUCUAAGGUCAAAUUUGUUAGGUUCCUCGACACAAUGUUCCCUUGUUCUAAGGACAAAUUCAUGAGGUUCCUCUAUCCACAUAACUUGGCACGGCAAACUUCCAUGGCAUCUAUCACAUUUUCAAGGUUGCAGCGGGUGUCAUUCAGUUGCCCUGGAAUGGAGACAAGGCUGAAGGAUAUUGGUUUCAUUCUGCCACCUUGUAUUCUAGGAGAGGCUGAGGAGGAUAUUGGAGGAAGGUAUUUUGAUGUUUUAGUCAAGAAAUCUUUCUUUGACAAUAUUCAAUUUCAACAUAUAACAUAUUACAAAAUGCAUGAUUUACUACAUGAGUUAACUAUUUCUGCACAAGAAUGCUUUAGAGUUUUUGGUGAUGAAGAGUUGCUUUUUUCAAUUCUUGAAACGAUUCGACACUUGUCUGUUGAUGUUAGCAAUUUAAAAGUGCUAAAAAAGAUUGAGAAAUUUAAAAAUUUGUGUACACUUUAUUUGUAUUAUAGAGAAGAUGACAAGAUUUUGAUGAUGUACUGAAAUUUUCAAAGUAUCGAAAAGCAUCCUUGCCGUACAUUUAUGCUCCGUGCCUAAAAACGGUACCCGAGGCAAUUGGAUACAUUUUCGAUACUUGAAUAUUUUUCAAACUUUACUGCCAAGAUCAUUCUCAAAGGACUGAAAGAUUUGGGGCCUACAGAGAAUUCCCAGCUCAUAUUCUACGAACUCAUUAUUAAGGAUCCAUCAGUGUUGCUAAUGGAGCCAUUGAGCACUAUCACCUCCAUUCAAAAGCUAGCAUUUAAGGGUAAUGAUGAGUUGGUUUCAUUUCUAGUUGAAACAGAGGGGAGGUUUCUCCAAGUUAACUCAUACCUUCAUGAGCUGAACUUUAUAAGUUUGAAAUCUUUGCAAUUCCUCCCUUCCUCACUGACGAACUUUUAUUUGGUCCGG